GUCUAACCCGGAACACGAGUGAGCAGUUGAGACGUUGGAACAAUUAAGAGCAAAGAAAAGGACGAGAAAUGCGAUUUUUCCAGCUUCACCUUUAAUACAGGCGAAGUGUCGGCUCGUCCUAGUGACUUAUCAGUGAGGACAAGGAGCAGCUGAACCGUCAUUGUAAACAGAAAUGAUGACAGAUGGACGACAUUGCUAAACUAUCCUGCUGAUCACAAGUGUCCAGUGUGUCGUGGUCAUUUAGCAUCUUAGUUAAUCGAGGUCUGCUAUUUUGCUGCAUGAUAGUGGACCAGGAGUGAUAAGGAGUGUAAAACUGAAGGGUGAAGUGAAGGGUUUUCGGGACUGCAGAGCCACGUCAGCUCAGAUUUUUUUUCUUUUUUUUUACCUAAUACCUACACAAGGAACACCUUUGUGCUCCUUCUUCUUGCUUCCUGGAUAGAUCCUCAGCCUCAGCCCCGCUGCUCCGAUGGUGAUGGCACCGAUGGGGAUCCGCCUGUCCCCCCUCGGCGUGUUGGUGUUCUGCCUGCUGGGGGUGGGGGUCCUCUACCACCUGUACUCCGGGGUGCUGUCCAGCCGCCUGGCCGCUUUCAGGCAGAAGAAAAAGGUGGAUUUGAGGGAACUGCUGGCUGUAUCAGUGGAGGCUGCAGUGAUAGGUGGUAGAGAGGUGAAAAAUGUGCGUGACGAGAAUAGUCUGCAGGAAAAGUCAAAGGGGAAGACGAGAGAAGGAGUCAGCGAGCUUCUGACUAUGGGUGAUCUGCAGUCUCACAGGAAGAUGUUUAACUUAAUAAAAAACACAUUCCCAGACAUCACGGUUUACAGUGAGGAACACGACAACGAGGUGGAUCAGAUAACCUGGACUCGGGAAAUUCCAACUGACAUCUUAGACAAGAUUGAUGGGGGUAAAGAGGUUGCCCCUGAGAGCAUCACUGUGUGGAUAGAUCCUCUUGAUGCAACUCAAGAGUAUACAGAAAAUCUGGUGAAGUAUGUGACUACUAUGGUGUGUGUGGCUCUGAAUGGUAAACCAGUUAUUGGUGUCGUCCACCAGCCAUUCACAGGGUUCACCGCUUGGGCGUUUGUAGGUCAGGGAUCAAAUAUGGGUUCCAGGUCCACCUACAAGGACAGCCCUCCAAAAGUGAUUGUGUCACGUUCUCACUCUGGAGAGGUUAAUAAGUUUAUACGUGAUGCUUUUGGAAACAGCACAACAAUAGUUGGAGCUGGCGGAGCAGGAUACAAGGUCCUGUCACUGUUGGAGAUGCCUUCAAGUGAAUCGGAAUCUGUAGACCAAGCAGAUGUUUAUGUCCACAUCACUUUUAUAAAGAAAUGGGACAUCUGUGCUGGUGCAGCACUUCUCAAUGCACUUGGAGGCCACAUGACCACUCUGAAGGGCGAGAACAUCGACUACAGUGGAACUCCACUCAACAAAGGGGGACUGGUAGCCAGCGUUGGUUUGAAUCAUAAGGCCAUACUGGAGAGACUACCAAACUGGGAUCCUGAAAGCCAUUGAAAAACUCAAACAAAGAGCCACUGGACACUAGGUCAUGUUGGGGAUAAGGGUGAUGUGAGGUGGCAGCCCUCCUGUCACGGAGAGCAGACUAUAAACAUAACCAGGUUUCAUCUUUGUGUGACACAAAACAUCAGCCAGUCAUAUGGAGUCGCUGUCACCAGCAUGGGCCACCGAGCAAGACUUUGAAGCAACACAGAUGACACAAUGGCUCUGAAAGUACAGUCCGCUACAUGCUACAUCUUUCAGCUUGGAGAAACGGUACAUCUUCUUUAGCUCUCACACUGCAACAUAUACCUACAGUAGACAUAAAAAGUCCUCUCCCUUCCCUCUUCUGAGGGCAAAAGGGAGAUUGUAAUGUGAAUUACUAAACUGAAGAGCACAAUGCCGAACAGCAGAGCAAAACCUUUGGACUCGCACCUUUCACCUUGCCCGUUUUUGCAUCACAUGAUCUUCCAGGAGAACACAAGACUAAGGCACAGUCAGACAUGACGGAAAACAUCAGUGGAAUCUGAAUACAGAUGAGGCCGCAGGGUGACGUCAUCUCUGCUGGGAGAUAGAUGCGUUUUUUUAAGCUCUUAUUCUAUAGAUAGUGCCAUGUUUAACACUAUUUAUGAAAUCUGAAAUGAAAAUUAGAUGAACUAGUACAUCCUCAUGCUUCCUCAAUGUCUUGUCUCAUAUCCACACCUGGAAAAUCAAGUGAUGCCGACAUGAUGAUUUUGGUUCCAGUCGCGUUUUGUCGAAUACUGGACUGCACAUUGUUGAAGAGCAUUUGCAUGGUUUGAAGUUUUUAAAUAACCUUUGUGGGCCUCUAACACGGUUUAUCCUGUUGAAAAUGUCACAGGCUUGAUGAACCUGUUUCUUCCACUGUUGUAAGUAUUUCUGUACUGUGUCUGCUACAACUCAGUCUGUCUGGACUGAAGUUGGAGUUUGCUUUUGCAGUGAAACUGUCUAAAAUCUCGUAUAAGUGUGACUUGAUUGUGUUAAAUCAUUUCAGUGUUCUGAAAAGAUACACUUGUGACAUGUUUCAUAUUCAGUUUUUUUUCACUAUACCUUGUGUUUUAACACUAAUUUGGUAAAACUGCACUGAGGUCAUUUACUCAGUUCUCUGCUACGGGCUGGACUUGCUUGGUCUCGGUCUCCUGGAGAAGCUUAGUGGAAUAAUCCAGACUGGGUGGUGGUUACGGAAAACUGUAUGAAAGCCAGUGCUCUCACAGCUUUAAGAGAUUGGGUUGGGUCUUCAUCUGCUGAAUUUAAGUUUACUGAUUUGAGUGCCUUUGGUCAGAAAAGGUUGCUAUGUCACAAAGAUGCUUAAAGACAUUAUUAUUGUUAUUCUGCAACAGUGAUAUAUAUAUUUGUUUUAUUGGAUUUAACAUGGAAGCUGUUUUGGGAUGGUUGUGUUAAUUUUGUAUCCAACCUUGGGUCUCUCCUGCUUGUGUGCUGAAAACAGAGGGGAGGGGGAAAAUCAUAAUUUGAAAAAAAAAUACUUUGUUGAGGAGCUUUACUUUGUGUAUGAUUAUUAUUUUUAAUUUUCUUCCCUGAUCCCUUGUAAGUAUCAGUUGAGUCUGAAGAUUACAAGUUAGAAGUUGUAAAACAAUCCAGGCAUUACCAGUCCUGUGUGUCCUUGUGUUCUGCUCUUCAUUCUGUGGAAAAUACAACAGUUUGCCUACAAAGUCUUCAUUUCUCUCCACAUCAAUCUCGCUGCCAACUCCAUCGAUGUAGGGGUGAGAUCAUAAUAACUUUCCCUUUCAUACACAGUCUGAUUCUUUGCAUGGAGGGCGGCAAUAAUGAGGUAGUGGUUAAUGAAUUUGAUUUCAUCAACCGCUCUGAGAAUGUCGUGUAAUGGCAGUGACUUGUAUCAAAUAUUGCCAAAUCUAAUUAAAGCAGCUGUACGUUAUCAGAAAUCCGAUCAGUUGUUUUUAAAUUAUAGCAUUGGUUAGUUUUUGGAAAGUGAAGGAUAAUUUGGCCAUUUAAUACUGAACUUCUCUUUUUUUUUAAUUUUAUUUGAACAAACACUUUUUUUUCCUUCUAACGUGGCUCAUGGAGACAUCGGCCUCAUCAUGUCGCUGCGUCUACCUCUGAAGCAAAGCUUAAUUUCCUAAGUUCUCAAACAGAUGGCAGCUGGACUUGAUGUUCCGUCCCUCAUCUGAAAGGUAUUUUCAGUUCUGGCUUGUUGAGCCAGGUGAUUGAUCAUUACUUCUUUUUUUUUAAUGACUAAUAACAGAACAGCACGAAGUGAUGAAAGUAAGUGAAAUGUACUUUUAAUCUGUUGAAAUAGAAGCAAGUUCAAUAAUGGUGAUUGUUUUUGUUUUUUUCUUUAUUUAAACUUUUACCAGCUGUCCGCUGUGUCCUUUGUUCUUUCUAUAUAUGUGAGGGAAGUAUCAUGGCUGAAGUUUUGUAUAGAUGAAUGCUGUUGUGAGAUUAAACUGACCUCUCUUGUCUGCCUUGGAGCAGCAUGUAAGGGCAGUAACAACAUGCAGGAUUUUCUUCAGUUUGGAAGUGAACUGGAUUUCAGGGAAAAUAAAAAAAAUCCUAGUGUUGAACGAAGGGUCCGAAGCAAGCUUUAAGGGUUAAUAUGUGAGGGAAAAUGUUACACCAUAAGAAGGUUUAAUAGGUUUCAGUUGGUUUGAUAAUCAACUUGUUGUACAGCUUCUGUCGGUCAUUAAUCCUGCUUCUGAUGUGAAUUUCCAAUAAAGUAUGUGUGCAUGAAGCUGCGGGCUCUUUCU